AUGUAGGGCUUAUACCGUUUUCCCAACCGUGACAUGACCCCGAAGGAGUACAUGAAGCUGUACACAUCUAUAUAUGACUACUGUACGAGACCGGCCACCUCUUUCACCGCACGCAUGACGCCCACCCAAGUGAGCGGCGCCAACAUUGUUGGGCGUGAGCUGUACCAGCGAUUAGUGGACUACCUGAGGGCCUACAUCCUCACCAUCUACGACGAGAUCAAGGACGAUAUGGACGACACAUUGCUGGAGAAGUUCGGGACCAGAUGGGGCACAUUCCAGCGAACAAGCAAGGUGGUGCACGGGCUCUUCAAUUAUCUCAAUAGAUAUUCCAUCGCCAGAGACAUCGCAGAAAAUCGCACAGACGUCUACGAGAUCUCAGUCAUGUGCGUGGUGCAAUGGAGGGAGGUUAUAUUCAUGCGAUUGAAGGAGAAGUUAACGAGUGGCCUGCUUAAGCUCAUUGAGCGAGAGCGUAACGGAGAGGCCAUCAAUACAGGGCUGGUCACCACCGUCAUCGACUGCUAUAUCAACCUGGGACAAAGUUUCAGCAACACACCUAUGCUGAUGUAUCAGACUCAUUUCGAGGGCAAGUUCCUGCAAGAGACCACGGAAUACUAUCAGAGGGAGAGCGAAGCAUUCCUGCGAGAAAACUCGACGGCCGAGUAUAUGAAGAAGGUCGAGAAACGCUUUGAUGAAGAGAUCAAACGCGUUAAAACACAGGUUAACCGCGACUCUAUGAGCAAUAUGAUGGACGCCUUGACCACGGUGCUGAUCGACAAGAAAAUAGAUAUCAUUCACGCCGAGUUUAAACCACUACUAGCCGGCGAGAAGAUUGAGGACCUGGGCCGUAUGUAUAGGAUAGUGAGUCGAUCUAACACCGAUUGCAUGGGCAAGCUGCGCACAGAAUUCGAGGAGAGAGUGAAGACCGAAGGAUUGGAGCUAAUGACACAAGUCAGCGCUAAUGGGACGGGCGAUGACCCGGUCACAUAUGUAGAGGCACUGCUGUCCGUGCAUACAAAGUACCACCGUAUGCUGGAGCUUGCUUUCGAGUCCAACUCUGACUUCCAAACACAACUAGAUCAAGCGUGUAAACGAUUCAUGAAUACAAACGCCGUCACGUCGGCCGUAAAGAGCAGUCAUCGGUCACCGGAAUUACUGUCAAAGUACUGCGACGGACUACUAAAGAAGAGUGCGAAGAAUGCUGACACAGCCGAGCUCGACAAGAUGCUGGAGAACGCCAUGGUGAUUUUCUUCUACAUUGAGGAUAAGGAUGUGUUCCAGAAGUACUACAGGCUCAAUCUGGUCAAGCGAUUGAUUGGCAAAACAUCUGUGUCCGACGAAGCCGAGAAUGACAUGAUCAAUCGUCUCAAGAUCGCCUGCGGGUGCGAGUACACCAAUAAAUUACAACGCAUGCUACAGGAUGAUCGCAUGAGUCAGGAAUUGGCUUCAGAAUUCACGCAGAAGAUGUCAAACGUGACCGAACCCGAUUUCCAGAAAUUGGACUUUGGCAUAUUCGUGAUGGCGACUACCAACUGGCCGUCUGAAGUUUACAGCGAGCCCGCCCUGAAUCUACCCAAACAGACGGAAAAUUACAUCAAACGGUUCGUGGACUACUACGAUGGCCGACAUACCGGCAGGAAACUGCACUGGCUGCAUAAAAUGUCAAAGGGCGAGAUCCAGAUGUCUGUGAGUGGACGCAAGUACACCAUUGCAGCGCAUGCAUACCAAAUAACGAUCUUGGAGCUGUUCAAUUCAGCCGACACGCUCAAGUACAGUGAUGUACAACAAACAACCGGCCUCGAAGAGAGCUUAUUAACGGGACAUCUCGGGAUCAUUUUGAAGGCAAAGAUUCUGCUCACCAAGACAGAAGGCGAUUUGAAAAGCGACAGUGUUCUCACGUUCAAUUCGUCCUUCAAGAACAAAAAGUUGAAGUUCAAUAUCAACCAGCCCAUCAAGACGGAGCAGAAAAAAGAGGCUAAGCAAACUGAUAUACAAAUUGAAGAGGGUCGAAAGCUGGCUAUUCAGGCGUGCGUUGUUCGUGUAAUGAAGAUGCGCAAAACACUGCACCACCAAGAAUUACUUAAACAGGUCAUCGAGGUUCUACAGUCGCGUUUUAGGCCAUCAGUGCCCAAGAUCAAACAAGCUAUUGAGCAUCUCAUUGAGAAGGACUAUAUGGAGCGACUGGGUGACAAUAACAGCUAUCAGUAUAAGGCUUAACGCGGCGCGUUUUGUUCAGUGUGUAUGCGCACUUUGGUGUGUUCGAUACACUCAGCUCUACUUAGAGGGGCCCCGCCCAAUCAUGAGUGGUGUUGACGACCACCAGCAAAUUGGCAGAUAAUUACUCUUAAUAUAUUCCAUGGGCGUGAACCGGUCUGUCUCAUGAAUCGGAGUCCAGCGUCAGAUUGUGAACACUUGGACGCUUGGAAAGCCUUUUCAAACAGUGUUGAUGUAAACACUCGUACACGGCGUACAGGAUGCGGAACGUAGAAUGAAUGCGUUCCACGUCCGGAUCACGCUCCAGUAGUUUACGUCCACACAGAUAUACUUUCAUUCAGGAGUGCGCAGAAAUCACACGCUUCGCGAGCUUUUCAUGGUGGGAUGUGCAGAGCGUUAUAAAUUAGAAACACUUCCAUUUCGACAAGUCUGAUUAAAUGUUAGGAUAUGCAUCAUGUCGUCGUCCAUUGUGUUCAACUUUAUAUUGCAGGCGCCUCUCCGUAUUAACAAUCCUGUAUGAUAACCGCGGCGAGUACCCACAGCUAUCAGCCCCUGAAAUAGUAUCUAUAUAGCGUGCCACGUAC